UCUCGUCUCCUCCACGCACUUCACCUCCCGGCCUCAGAAGCACAACCGGCCCCACCCCCCGACACACAAGAGGCGAAAUGUCCACCUACGUGUCCUCAGACUGCCGCCGCGUCAGCCCCACCGUCCGCGGCAACAUGUUCCACACGGCGCACCGCAAGAAGGCGGUGGCCAACAUCUUCGACCACGUCAGCCAGGACGCGCUGACCAGACUCUUCCAGAAGACGGGCGACAUGAAGGCGGAGGAGCGGGUGAGGAGCAUCUUCUCCUACUCGCACGACCCGGAGGAGACGGCCCGGGCCCUGAUGGCGCUGAAGCAGAGGAAGAAGGACAAGUUCCUCCAGAUCGCCGGCGUGCUGCGGCAGCUGCUCAAACUCCGCUGAGGCGCCGGCGUCUUUUCUUUUAAUAUCGGCUCCGAUUUUUGGAGCCACAAGACGCGCGCUGGCUCUCCGUAGAGAGGCUCGCAGGUGCAGCUGGAGGCCCGCCUGAGAGGCCGCCUGCUCCCGCCAAUGGCGAUGGGAAGUCCCGCCGCCAGCGCGGAGGAGCACGGAAAGGAGAUAUGACAUGAAGGAGUGAACAUUCACCCGCUGUGAAGAAACAAGAUCCACCGAGAUGCUGCUGGGAAGUUGCAAUAAAUGAGACAUUUUUUUUUUUUUUGGGGACAUUUAAGGAUGCCUGAAGUGAACUCAACACUUGCCUUGUUCUACCCAUGAACACUCCAGUGAUGUCCCUCCUUUGUCUGAACAGCACGUUCCUGUGUUUACUUGCCAUUUAAUAAAUUGCUUUUUGUACACUCAA